AUGAAUUCAAAUCAAAUAACUGCACUUCAUGCAACGACAAGCGGCGUCAGUAUCGAGACCAACAGCAGCAUAACUCUGGCAAAUUUCUCUCUGUCGGACUGUAAACUCGCUAAACAAAUCUCCACAAGUCCUUUUAUACAGACUCUACGCCUUCUGCAAAUCGUGUCUAGUGUGAGUGGCUUAGUUUUGAGCACAUUGUUCAUAUAUACGCUGAAAUCGAAGAAUGCGAAUCAUUUGCACAUAAAUGUGCGAUUAUCGUUGAUAAGUCUCACUGUCGGAGCGAUUUUCGCUUGCUCACAACGCGAUCGAGAUUUCAGUUUGUUUGUCACUCUGAUAUGGAACAGCAACAGUGAUAAUGUUGACGAUGAAUGGACUGAUGCUUGCUCGUUUAUGAUCGAAUCGUAUCAUUGCGGUCUUGUUCGAUCUCCAAUUUUAUUUGCUAUUUACGCGACCAUACUUGGAAGUAUCGUUCUGGCUGCUGAGAGAACCAUUGCAACCAUACACUUUCAAACUUACGAACUUCAUGGCUCUGUUUUUGUCGGAAUAUCACUAGUGAUUUUUAUUAUCAUCAUGAUCAGCAGAUUUACUGUUAGGAUACUUUCAUGA